AUGCUGCAGUCAAGUGUCGUUCGAUCUAAUCUAGUCAAACAACCAUGGGGGACAAACAAUGUGACGCCACGAGAUGUCGUCCCGCAUUCUGAGUAUGCUAGUGCAAGUCUAUUAGCGGGACAUAACAACAUCCUAAAGUUAGUCCUCAUUUUGCUAUAUUUUGUUGGGCGAAAUGCAAACACAGCCACGGUUGAUUGGCUAGAACAAGCCAGUAUUCAUUAUUUCAUGUCAUCCAUGAUAAAGAUUUUCCAAAGCGAAACGAAACGACCAACAAAAAUUCCACUAGUUGUAGCAUUCCUCAUCACCGCCAAUUGUCUCCCCAUCACCACGCAUUCACUCUAUAGCUCCAAAUCUUCUCCCUACCGAACACGCAAAAAUCAGGCAUGUCUUCAAACCAGCACAACGCCAUACCCAAUACCAGUGCCGAUUUCCUAUCCUCCCAUCCGGAAGUUCUCAUCGGACGAACGGCCCUCCACGAAGCAAGAGCGAAAAUCGAUUCAGCUAACACUUUCACCAUAUAAAACAAGCCAGUUGUGA